CUUCAAACUCUCUGAUUCCCUCCGUUAUACUCUCACUCUCUCUCGGUCUUCCAAUUGUCCCCAACUUCAAACUCUCCGACUCCUCCUUUGUACUCUCUCUCUCUCUCUCGGUCUUCCAAUUGCCCCAACUAUAAACUCUCUGACUCCCUCCGUUGUACUCUCUCUCUCUCUCUCUCUCUCAAGUUUUCUUGUCCAAGCGCCAAGAGACGAUCAACUGUCUAGAAAUUACGAUACGAAGGGAGUUCCAGGUAAAAGAUUUCGAGGCUUACGAUUUCUGGUCGGCGCUUCUUUGUUCUACUCCCAAUCGAAUAAUCAUCACACUUCGUUUUAGGCUGAAUAUUGUUGUGAUUUCUUGGACCUGUUUGAGAUCGAGGUGGCUUCAUGGGUUUCACUUUGGGGUCUGUUCUGAUGAGGUUGGGAAUGACCGGACCUGAUGAAGUCUCGGUUGAUGCUAUAACUUUAUUUGUAUUGCUUCUUAGUGCUUGUAUUAUAAUUGGGCAUCUUCUAGAGAAGAGCCGGUGGCUGACUGAAUCAGUUUCUGCCCUUCUGAUUGGCCUUUGUUGUGGAGUUGUAAUUCUACUACGUACUCAGGGGAAAAGCUCUCACAUCUUAGUAUUUAAUGAAGGACUGUUCUUUAUUUAUCUUCUUCCACCUAUUAUAUUUAAUGCUGGUUUUCAGAUGAAAAAGAAGCAUUUUUUCCAAAAUUUUUCUACAAUCAUUUUGUUUGGUGCUGUUGGUACUUUAAUAUCCUUCAUCAUCAUAACACUAGGUUCACUACAACUAUUCAAAAAAUUGGAUAUUGGUUUCCUGGAGAUUGGAGAUUAUCUUGCACUUGGAGCUAUCCUUUCAGCUACAGAUUCUGUUUGCACAUUACAGGUUCUUAAUCAGGAAGAGACACCUUUACUGUAUAGUCUAGUCUUCGGAGAAGGUGUAGUUAAUGAUGCCACGUCUGUAGUACUUUUCAAUGCAAUCCAGAGAUUUGACCUUUCUCAUAUCACCUCAACCAUUGCCUUGCAAUUCAUCGGCAACUUCUUAUAUUUAUUCUUCACCAGCACGGUGCUGGGGAUAGGAGUUGGAUUGCUUAGUGCGUACAUAAUAAGGAAAUUGUACUUUGGCAGAAAACUUGCCUCUGAUACCAUUUGUAACGCCCCAACGGAAAGCCCAAGCCACAUGACUUGCACGUCAAAAGGACUGGUCAAUGAUACAAGUGAAGCCCCAUUGGAACCUUGUAAAGAGCACUCUACUGAUCGUGAAGUUGCCCUGAUGAUUCUAAUGGCUUACCUUUCAUACAUGAUGGCUGAACUGUUCUAUCUAAGUGGUAUUCUCACUGUGUUCUUUUGUGGGAUUGUCAUGUCACACUACACAUGGCAUAAUGUGACUGAAUGUUCAAGAGUCACAACUAAGCACGCUUUUGCAACAUUGUCAUUUAUCUCAGAGAUUUUCAUCUUCCUAUAUGUUGGUAUGGACGCCUUGGACAUCGAAAAGUGGACAGUAGUAAGCAAGAGUCCUGGGACAUCGGUUGGGGUGAGUUUAAUAUUGCUUGCCUUGGUUCUGAUUGGACGGGCAGCUUUUAUAUUCCCCCUAUCUUUUAUAUCCAACCUAACUAAGAAGUCUCAGAAUGACAAAAUUGGGUUUAAGCAGCAGGUGACCAUUUGGUGGGCAGGACUCAUGCGAGGUGCUGUAUCUGUGGCACUUGCUUAUAAUCAGUUCGCUAGGUCAGGGCAUACUCAAUUGCUGGGGAAUGCAAUAAUGAUCACCAGCACCAUCACUGUUGUUCUCUUUACUUCUGUGGUGGGUGGAUUAUUGACAAAGCCUCUUGUAAGGUUCUUGCUUCCACUACAGAAGCACUCAGGAAGAACGAUGAUGUCUGAUUUUUCUUCUCAGAAGUCUCUAAAUCUUCCACUUCUCAUUGGACAAGAGUCGGAGGUUGCUAUUGGUUGUACCAACAUUCCUCAGGUACCUAGUUUACGUAUGCUGUUGACCACCCCGACUAACACCGUACAUCACUAUUGGCGGAAAUUUGAUGAUGCUGUCAUGCGUCCCGUGUUUGGUGGGAGGGGCUUUGUUCCCUAUGCCCCCGGUUCACCGCCAGAGUUAGUUGUCCAGUAAUGAAAAAUGGGAGAAAUAAAUAUAGGAAAUAUUCGAAUUUUGAAGAUACUUGGUAAAUAGAGUUAAUAUAUUUCUGGGAAUUUAGUUUAGGCAUUUAUGUAAGUAAAAUCGAAAGUGAUGGGAUCCUUUACAGUUCCACUUUGAACAUUAUGCAUCGACUUCAUAUAUAAAAAGAACCCAAAAACUAUUAGACUCGUUUGUUGGAUGAAAUGGAAAG